AUGCACAACACUAACCAUGAGUCCACGACCCCCGCUACAUCCCUUCACCUGCGCAACACCCCCAUCUCAACAGCCCACUUCCACUCCUCUAGCACCAGCACAAUCGCCGCUGGGAGGUGAAAAUUCUUCCACAUGGGGAACCUCUCGACAGGCACUAUCCAAAAAGUGACCCGGAUAUGCGGCUACGCGGAGACGCAGAGGCCAAUGGAGACAUUCUGCAUCUCCCCAGACAGAAAAUUCAUGGCUCUCGCCGCCAGCCACGGAUUCGUCAACAAUCUGACCGCAAUGACAUGCCCGCGGGUCUGUACCGCAAAAAUUGAAGGCCGAGUUGCUGACAUAUCCUGGUGGGGUGACAGUUACGGCCUGCCGAUAUGAAAUAACGCAGGCGUGGUAUGGGAAUUCGAUGUGCUCUCGGAAAAAGAGAUCGCUCGCUAGAAAGACGAGGUUGGACACGCAACUAUGGUUCUCAAGAACGGUGGGGCCAGGUGGAUCACCAUCGGCAGCCAGAGCGGGAUCAUAAGUGUGUAUAAUCGCCCUAGGAGCUCCGGUGGUAGUGGCCAUGUUCUCACUGGUCGAACGAAGGAGAAUCCAAAGCCCGUAAGGGCACUUGAGCAAUUGACCACGGCCAUUGGCGUCAUCAAGCUCUCGCCUGAUCUUCAAGUCCUCACUGUAGCCAGUAAAGGGAAGCAGGACUCUUUGAGGAUGGGUACGUUUACGUUCCCCCCCUCCUUUUUUUCGCUUACUUAAUAAUGAAUGGUGUUUGUAGUGCAUUUGCCAGGUUGUGCGGUUUACCAAAAUUGGCCCACGUCCGGGACCACCCUAGGGAGGGCCAAGGUGAUAGGUUAGGCAGGGAAAGAGUCAUGAAUUGUAGCUAUUGGGAAUGCAGCUGGGAAGGUCAGGGUUUGCAAGAUCCAGGCUUAACUUGAGGUAACAGAAUUCACGGCUAUAGAUUACCGGUAUGUAGAAACAGAUUAUUUAUAUUAUAACGGCUAUUAUCAUUAA